CAUAGGUAGAGCUUGUCUAAGAUGAAAUGACGCGCCCCACUAUCACAUUUACGCACACAAGCAAAUUUAAUUGGUCAUUCAGUUGCCGGUUAGAUUCGAAGUUAGGAGCACGUGUCGUUCGCUCGCUAAAGUACCGUCAGCAUGUCUACAAAAAAGCAUCUUCGGAGUCAGUCAAAAGAAGUAAUUGCAAAAGUGUACCACCGCUUGAAAUACGAAGCGGAAAAUGGAGUGGAAAAGCUUACCGAUGCAAGAUGGCGAACUGCACAAGCUGUUGGCGUUAGUGAAUCCACGAUUACGCGAAUUUUAAGAGAAGAAAAACAAGCUACUCCAUCAAGGGAUAUGUCACAGAAAAUUUUCAAAUCGCCUUUAAAACCUAAAAGAGUGCGUAGGAAGUCUAAACUGGACGAUUUUAAUAUGGGUGUACUUCGAAGAACUAUAGCGUCAUUUCAUAUAGAAUUUAAUGAAUUACCAACAUUAAGAAAGCUUAAACAGGUACUGGGAGACAGAAUUGGUUUUGACGGCUGUAUAGAAACUCUGCGAACCAUUUUGAAGCUAUCAGGCUACGAAUGGUCGAAAAUAGAUGACAACCGUAAAGCUCUAACAGAAAAGCACGACAUACAAAUGUUGCGCUUUCAAUAUUUGAGGCGGUUAAAAAAAUAUCGUGAUGAGGGCCGAUAUAUCGUAUUCACGGGUGAAAGUUUUGUUCACACAACACACAUGCAAAAAAAGUUAUCCAAAGGUAUGUGGAUCAUAAUUGUUCACGCUGGUGGAUGCGAAGGAUUUAUUCCAAAUGCUAAGUUAGUGUGUAAAGCAAACUCAAUAAAUGGAGAUUAUCACGAUAAUAUGAAUCUCGACAAUUAUAAAAAGUGGCUCACUACACAGUUACUGCCCAAUCUCCCGGAAAAAUCGGUCAUCGUCGUGGAUAAUGCUUACCACAAUGCUUUAUUAGAAAAAACUCCUAACUGCAACUCAAAUAAGGAUACCAUGAAAAUAUGGCUGGCUGAAAAUAAUAUUCCGUUCGACGAAAACAUGAAGAAAAUAGAGCUGUACAAUCUAAUUUUAAAAAAUAAAGACAGAUUCAACAGAUUCGUUAUCGAUGAACUGAUACAAUGCAAAGGAUUUGAAAUUCUACGACUACCCCCAUAUCACCCGGAACUCAAUCCAAUUGAAAAGAUAUGGGGAAUGUUAAAAAACUAUGUCGCUAAUAAAAACGUUGCACAAAAUUUGACAUCCAUUAUGGCACUAAUAAAUGAACGACUCGAAACGAUUGAUCGUACAAUCUGGGCAAAUACGUGUCAGAAUGUUGAAGAGACAGAAAAGCAAUAUUUACAGUAUUUUGAUUUGGACAAUGAAUUUAUUAUUUACGUUGACGACUCUGAUUCAGAUGAAAGUGAUUCUGUUGAGAUGAGUGAAUAGUGUAAUAAUCAUUUAGAAUCACAUAAGUACAUAGUUUUGACUGUAACUGUAAUU